AUAUACUUAGAGUCGAAUGGCUUCGCCGGGCAUCAUGUCCGGCACGAUAGAAGGGAGCAGCCACACUCAUACACGCACUGGUGUCGAUUUAUUGUUAAACAGACAUUCGAAAAUCUGACGCCGAAGAAGAUCUUCACCCCCUAUGUCCCGCGGAGCGAUGAAAAGGGCGGUGACACCAGCGCUCACCGGGGUCUGCACGGACCGCAUACCAUACAGCACGGAUGGGAAUGGCACGAAAUGUGGUUCUUCACGCGUUGGGAGGCAUCGGGCGCGAGGACGUGCGUGUGUUUCGAUCUGCCGUCCCGCACGCUCGGCUACAUCAAAGCACGACUGGCCGACUCGGACGCACAGGACCUGCGACACUGUAGUUCUCCGUAUUCCAUUCUUGCCAUCGCCGUGGAAGGUGUCGCCCGGUCGUAUGACGACUCCGUCUGGUCGAUCCGGAACCAGAUCAGUCGCCGCGAGGCUAGGAGAGCCCACGAAGUCGUUGACUACGCCGUCCUGCACGAGAUUGCGCGACACAGCACGCAUGUCGCUGAAUCACUGACAGUAGCGACACGAACCGUUGAUACGAUCUGCGCUCAGUACUCACGGUCACGCUCCUUCCUCAACAGUCUCAGCAGUGACAGCGGGAAAGCGUUUGAAGCCUGGGACGACAUCGGCGACAAGCUUUCGUUCCAGCUCCGAGUCCUGCAGGGACUGACUGAUCGCUCCUUUGCGACGGACACUCGCAUACAGAACGAAAUCACCUUGGCGUACACCGUCGGCAUCGUUUGCGCGCUGGCGAUCGAGAAAGCGGCAGCCAUUGCCAUGCUGGACGACAAGCACGAACGCCUGCCGUCUGCUCCAGGCGACGAGAACGACUAUACUUUCGGAACGAUCGGUGCGCACGGGGUGGUCAUCGCUUGCCUCCCGGCGGGCACGACUGGCACCGUGUCUGCGGCGGUGGUGGCCCGCGACAUGACCCGCAGCUUUCCAAUCCGCAUCGGCUUGAUGGUGGGCAUCGCGGGCGGGGUGUGGAGCGAAGAGGUGGACGUGCGGCUCGGGGAUGUGGUGGUAAGCCAGCCGAACGGCCAGCAUGGCGGAGUGGUGCAGUGGGACUUCGGCAAGACUGAGGCUGGUGGGGUGUUUCGACGGACGGGGACGCUGAACAAGCCCCCGCGGGAGCUCCUGAGCGCUGUGCAAGGCCUGAAAGCGGAACACCUGCUGCGACGCCAUAAACUAGAGCAGCACUUGGCGAAGAUGCUGUCCGAAUACCCAGCGAUGGAGGAGGAGGGGUUCAUCCGCCCUGGCAACGGCCGCGACGAGCUCUUCGACGCUGACUACGAUCACGAAAGCGGCAACACAUGCACGAACUGCGCCCGUUCGCGCGUGGUACAGCGGGAUGAACGCCUGCACCACCGACCGCGCGUGCAUUACGGCAAUAUCGCCUCGGGCAACGAAGUGAUGAAGGAUGGGCGCACGCGUGAUCGGAUCGCGCAGCAGGAGGGCGUGAUAUGCUUCGAGAUGGAAGCAGCUGGCUUGAUGGACUCGUUUCCGUGUAUCGUGAUCCGCGGCGUGUGCGAUUAUGCGGACUCGCAUAAGAACAAGCGGUGGCAGCCGUACGCGGCCGCGACGGCAGCAGCGUAUGCACGAGAGUUUCUGCUAUGGAUGCCUGCGACCGAGGUCGCCAAGAUACGGCCUGCCCUCGAAGCGACAGGUGCGUAG